AUGAAAUUUAUCAAAAUAAAACCUGAAAAGCUGAGAACUGCUUUUUAUCAUAUCUUAUCUACAUGUGUAUUGUUAUUUGCCUGCCUUACUUUAAUAAUUUUACAAACAAUAUUUGCCUACUGUGUACCUAAAAGCUCAGAUAUAGCCUGGCCAUCAGUUUUAAUUCCAUUCGGUUAUAUUCCUGCAGCUUUACUAGUUCUAACAGCAGCGUCAACUUUAUUUGCUGGAUUAACAGAUUCAGAAAUAUGCAGUACAAUGAGUGUUGUUAGUUGUGUAUUCCCCUUGAUAAUGACAACAGCUGUUGCCUGUACAACUUUACAACAGUAUGUCGAUAGAUCUUUGUAUAAAACAAGUAUGCUGAUUAUGGGAAUUGUUAAUAUAAUAAUUGCUGUUUUAUGUCUUACACAUAGUAUUCUAUUAUGCAUUGAUAUACGUGAUUGUUUACCAAAGAUAAAUGUUGAAAAACCUGAAGAAAAUGAAGUGAAUAAUAAAACGAAAUUAAAUGUGAAUGAUGCGCUUCAUACAGAAAUUACUACUCAUGAAGGAGACACAAAAUUGAAAAUGAUCGACUACAGAUCAUUCAUCGAUUCAGUCUUUUAUCAAGCAUACUUUCUUACCAGUAAAAGAGCUUGUCUUUUUAGACAUAAGUCAAUGACUGUACUGCUCAACUAA